CGAACAUUCAUUUUCUGCUCUUUGAUUAUACAAACAUCGCCUUCAUCAACCAGUCCUUCUCACAGAUCCCUGUCUUUCAAGUGAAGGCGCUUGUCUGAUCCUUCGUUCAGCUCCUCCGUCCAGCUCGUAUUACGCCCGAUUUCUCGAGUGGCUCCAGCGCCACCACACAAUGAAGGUUAUACUUUCAGGAGCCACGGGUUUCAUUGGAGGGGAAGUCCUCAAUCAGGCCUUGGUUCAUCCUGCUAUCACAUCUCUGGUCUGCCUCACCAGACGAGCACUUUCAGAACCAGCCAGCAUCAAUCCUAAAGUCAAAACCGUCAUCCUCACCGACUUUCUCACUUACACACCCGAGAUCCUCUCGCAGCUUGAGGGAGCUGAAAGUUGUAUUUGGGCGAUGGGCGCACCCGCUCACAAGGCCCCAACUAUUGAGGAUUCGAGAAACGUUGAUAUUCGAUAUAUGUUAGCAGCCGCUGAGGCUUUCGCCAAUUCCCUUGCACCGCCGCUUAAGACUCAGGGGAAGCGCUUUCGAUUCGUCCUUUUGGGUGGGAUGUUGGCUUGCCGAGAUCAGAACAAAGCUUUAUGGUUUAUGCAAACCACGAGGAAAAUGAAGGGUGAAGCUGAGAAUGGUUUACUCGCGCUUCAGGAAAAGGAAGAAGGUCAUUUGGAAGUGACGAUAACACGACCAGGAGGAGUGGUACCCAAAAAUACUUUGAUGCCAAAUUUUAUGGUGGCUUCGACAUCAUCUAUCAAGAUUGAUGAACUCGCUGCAGUCUUAAUAGAUGAGGCAGUGGCAGGUGCAAAUGGCACAAGAACUCUGGAGUGUGAUGUUUUGAGGAAUAGGGGAAGAGAAUUACUGAAGAGAAGUCGAUAGCCUCGGCUUUGAUGCAAAA